AUGGACCGGGUGAUGAGGUUGGCGUCGCAGAAAGCAGUGGUGAUCUUUAGCGUGAGCUCCUGCUGCCUCUGCCACUCCAUGAAGUCCUUCUUCUCCAACCUCGGCGUCAGCUACGCCGUCCACGAGCUCGACGAGUCGCCACAGGGGAAGCAGAUGCAACGGGAGCUUGUUAAGCUUGUUGGCCGCAAUACGCCUGUGCCGGCCGUGUUCAUAGGCGGCCGUCUGCUGGGUUCGAUGGAUAAGGUUAUGGCUUUCCACCUCAGCGGAGACCUUCUCCUCAUCCUUCGUGAUGCCGGAGCCAUCUGGCUGCUGCCAUCGAAGGCUGGCUACAAGGAUGAUUGA